AUGGAAGCCUUUCUCAGUCUCCCCAAUCCCAACUUCGUCCGGAUCCCCGAGGGCCACAAGAUUGAAGAAGAGACUCUCCCAGACUAUAUUGCCUCGCAGUAUUAUCCAACCCGGAUUGGAGAAGUCAUCAAGGAGCGGUAUAAAGUCAUCGGCAAGUUGGGAUUCGGGUCUACAUCCACUGUGUGGCUGGCACGGGACAUGGAUGAACGACGGUAUGUUAUGCUCAAAAUCUGCGUCAAGGCUUCGUCAAUGGGGCAACAAGUGGACAAUGAGCUCAAUAUGUAUAAAUACAUGGAGCAGUCCCCGACGGCCCAUCCCGGUCGCGACGUGAUAAGAACGUUACUCGAUACAUUCUACAUCGACGGACCCCAUGAUAAGCACCGAUGCCUUGUGCAUCCCCCGUUAUGGGAGAGUGUGCUGGCCUUCUUACGCCGUAACCCGGUAGAGAGGCUCCCUUCACCAGUCCUCGCAGUCGUUCUUCAUCGCCUAUUUCUAGCCUUGGAUUAUCUUCACACAGAGUGUCACAUUGCACACACUGAUAUCAAGGCCGAUAACAUCAUGUUCGGAAUCAAGGACGAUUCAGUCUUCACCGACUUUGAGGCGCACGAACUUGAAAAACCCGUUCCGAGGAAAGAGGUAGACACGGACGGGAGAACAAUCUACAUGUCUCAAGAACUCAAAAUACCCAAACAAGUCAGCUCCCCGAUCCUCUGCGAUUUCGGUUCCGCCGUACACGGGGAUCAGCACCACUCGGUAUUCAUUCAACCCCGGAUCUACCGAGCACCAGAGGUGAUUCUGGGCGUUCCAUGGACGUUUAGCGCCGAUAUAUGGAAUGUGGGAUGCAUGAUUUGGGAUAUAUACCAAGGCGGCUCCUUAUUUACAGGCCAAGACCCCGAAUUUGAACGAUACCGGAGUCGAGCCCAUCUGGCCGAGAUGAUCGAUCUUCUCGGGCCGCCGCCUUCUAGCCUUCUUACCCAGGGGGAGCUGAGAGACAAGUUCUUUUCGAGCGACUUCCUACAUACAGAGUUACUGACUGGUUCGGUACCGCUGGAACAGAGGGAAACCACUCUCGAGGACAAGCCGGAGAGAGAGGCUUUCCUACGUCUUAUGCGCAAAAUGCUACAGUGGGAGCCUGGCAAGCGGAGCUCGGCCAAGGAGCUGGCGGAUGACGAAUGGAUACAUAGCCAUAUGUAA